CUGCGGGUCGUUUCGCCCGCGGGCCCAACUGCCAGUCCCUUCGGUGUCCCGGCGGCCGCGGGCAUGCAGGCCGUAGGGCCCCGCCGACCUGUCGGGAGCCGUUAGCAGGCGCCGGCGUUCGUUCGCCCUCCUCGGUGUCAGGCCCCGUUUCUGGCCUGGGGACCCUGAGAUCCACGAGCUGGUCUGGCCCCACCCGGAGCUCCCCGAGCAGGCGAGAGCAGAUGCUUAUGUGGGUGCUCAAGUACUUUUGACACGUGGUGGGAAAGGUUUGGUCCCCUGCGAGGGACACCUGAGAGGAUGCCACCAGCCUGUAGAGCGCGGGCACACUUUCUUAACCCGAUGCGGCCCAGCGGCCUGGACAAUGCCGGCAAAACAACCAUCCUCAAGAAGUUCAAUGGGGAAGACAUCGACACCAUCUCCCCGACGCUGGGCUUCAACAUCAAGACCCUGGAGCACCGAGGAUUCAAGCUGAACAUCUGGGACGUGGGUGGCCAGAAGUCCUUGCGGUCGUACUGGAGGAACUACUUCGAGAGCACUGAUGGCCUCAUCUGGGUGGUGGACAGUGCCGACCGGCAGCGCAUGCAGGACUGCCAGCGCGAGCUCCAGAGCCUGCUGGUGGAGGAGCGCCUGGCUGGAGCAACCCUCCUCAUCUUUGCGAACAAGCAGGACCUGCCCGGAGCGCUGUCCUCCAACGCCAUUCGUGAGGCCCUGGAGCUGGACUCCAUCCGCAGCCACCACUGGUGCAUCCAGGGCUGCAGUGCCUUCACUGGGGAGAACCUGCUGCCUGGCAUCGACUGGCUCCUGGACGACAUCUCCAGCCGCAUCUUCACGGCCGACUGAGCAGUGCGGAUGCCCCCUCCUCGCCGUUCAGGCCCCUGGCCCUCGCGAAGCCCCAGCCAUGAGGGGAAUGGAAGUCAGUCUGCCAACUAACACCCCUAACCCCUCUCUGUAACCUGCUGCUGCUCCUGCUGCCCGCUGCUGCUCCUUGGGGCUGGCCGGCUCCCAUGGUGAGGGCUGCCGCCGUGCUCCCUGCCUGGCCUGCCUGCAGCUGCCUUGCUGGGGAGCGAAGGCUGGGGCCGGGAGGGGGCUGCCUCUGCUGCUCCGAGGCCCGUGCUGGGGGCCUUGUCCUUUGCUCAGCUGUGUGAAUAAACCGCUCCUAGCACCCGG